ACCCAAACCCAAACCCAAACCCAAACCCAAACCCAAACCCAAACCCAAACCCAAACCCAAACCCAAACCCAAACCCAAACCCAAACCCAAACCCAAACCCAAACCCAAACCCAAACCCAAACCCAAACCCAAACCCAAACCCAAACCCAAACCCAAACCCAAACCCAAACCCAAACCCAAACCCAAACCCAAACCCAAACCCAAACCCAAACCCAAACCCAAACCCAAACCCAAACCCAAACCCAAACCCAAACCCAAACCCAAACCCAAACCCAAACCCAAACCCAAACCCAAACCCAAACCCAAACCCAAACCCAAACCCAAACCCAAACCCAAACCCAAACCCAAACCCAAACCCAAACCCAAAAACCCAAACCUAAAAACCCAAACCCAAACCCAAACCUAA